AUGGACAUGGGCGAAGCGCUGGUGGCCACCAUCCGGCGAGCCGAUGAGGCAGACGCGCUCAACAUGUGCGUCAAGCCCAAGUCCGCGUCAGUGAUCCUCCUGAGCCAGAUUCUCACAGAAUCAGGCGUCGGCCGGGAGAGCACGCCGCCGGUGCCGAGGUCCGCUCUUGUGUCUGAGAGAUUCGUGAGGAGCACGGCGCUGGUCUUAGAGGCCGAACAGGUCGAGGUGAGGGUGGCCGCAAUGAGGAUCCUGAUGCGAUGCAUCGCGGAAGACGGCCACUGCCGGAGCAGCAUCGUGGAGAAGCUGGCGGUGGGCGCCGUCCUAGACGCCUUCCACGUCGUCGGCGACGCCGACAAGUUCGAAAUCGUGCGGUUCCUCUCCGAGCUUCUGAAGCUGAAAAAGCGAUCGGCCGCGGAACGUGUGCUUCGGGCGAUCAAAGAGGGGAGCUCCUUCAGCAUGAUGCACACGCUCCUCGUGUAUCUGCAGUCCACCACGCCGGAGCAGAGCCCCGUCGUCGCCGGACUUCUUCUUCAGCUCGAUCUCUUGGUGGAGCCGAGGAAGAUAAGCAUGUACCGCGAGGAGGCGAUGGACAGCCUCGUGCAGUGCCUCAAGAACUCGGAUUUUCCGAGGAGCCAGCUCCUCGCCGCCGAGACCAUCAUGAACUUCCCCGGAAAGUUCUCGUCGUCCGGGCGGCCGCUCGCCCGGUCCGCCCUGCUGAAGCUCGCAAGGGUGAAGGAGAGGUAUCGGCAGUCGCAGGAGCUGAGCGUCGUUCGUGGCACCGACGGCGCCGAGGACGACGCGGCCGGGGAAGAGAAGGCGGCGUCGGAGUGGGAGAGGAAGACGGCGUACGCGCUGGUGAGCCACGAGUUCGGGCUGGUGCUGGAGGCCCUGUCCGAGUGCCUGGAGAGCAAGAACGCGGAGCUGUUCGCGGCGAGCCUCGUGUGCGCGGCAUGGCUCGUCCACAUGCUCUCCCUCCUCCCGGACACCGGCGUGCUCGGCGCCGCGCGUGUCUGCCUGCUCCGGCAGCUCGUGCUCGUCCUCAGGUCCGCCAAGCACGGCAGCGACCGCGCCCUCGCCAUGGUGGCGCUGAGGAGCUUCAUGAACGACCGUGAGGGCAUGCAAGACAUCACGACGUACAUCAAGGACGUGCUGAGGACAUUGAGGGAGCUCAAGAAAUCGUCCGGCCUCGCGUUCGAGAUGCUGAAGCUGCUGUCAGAUGGUCAGGAGUCUAGCAUCGACAUGUGGAACCACAAGGAGCUUAACAAUGCCGAUUGCAGCUCGAACGGCGAGGUCACGUCGAUCGUUUACUACAAGAGCUACAUCUUCUCCGGGCACUCCGAUGGAACACUAAAGGUUGCGCUUCCAAAAUGUCCAUGA